CCGACCAUGUCGCGGAUCCUCUGCGAGUGGCUGAACCAGGAGGUGAAGCUCUCUCGGCACGUCGUUCCAGGAUCAUUUCCAGAAGAAUUUUCUAAUGGCUACCUCCUAGGAGAAAUUCUACACAAAUAUGGUCUUCAGGAUGACUUUAAACAAUUUUCCCAGAGCAGGGCUGCAGAUGCGAAAGAUAACAAUUUUUCUCGCCUGGAACCUACACUUCACCUCCUUGGUGUGCAGUUUAAUGAGAAUGUGGCCCAAGACAUCAUGACAGGACAGCAUGGGGCUGCAACAAAGCUUUUAUAUGAAUUGUAUGUUGCUUUAGAAAAAAAGAGAAAGGCAAAGCACCCUGGAGUAGUCAUGGAAGCAAUAAGACCCACAGCAACUACAAAGUCUAUUGAGAGUGUUUUGUAUCCGGAGCGUUUGAAAACUUUAGUGCCACGUCAGGCUGAUUUGCAGCUACAGCAGAUUUCGGAGCGUUUUGAAACAAAAUCCAAGGCAGUAGCAGAUAAAAUAGCUCGUACACAUUUUGCAGAGCAGCAGAGAGCUCAGAAGCUCCAAGAAGGGCAGAGAGCUCAAGACAUUGAAAAGGAUCACAUAGGAAGAAGAAGACAAAAUGAAGUAGAGCACAGGAUUCAAACAGCUGUUUUAAAGGUUCCAAAGCCUCCACCAAGACCCACCAUAAAAGCUAUUGAAGCUAAAAAAUUAUUAAAGAAAAGAGAAGCAGAGAACGUGUACAAGGAAAUAGACAAGUUUGAGAAGUCUAUGGCAGGAAAUGCCUUUGAAUUACACAGCCAGGUGACUGACAGUGAUAUGCAAGAGUCAUUGCAAACACAGAAGUUGCAAGAAACAACUCAAGAAACUACAGCACAGACAAAACCUGAGCUGUUAAGUGUUUAUUCAGAUGGUGAAUAUAUAAAGAAAAUUCAAAAACGUUUAGAGGAAGAUACAUUUGCUAGAGAACAACGAGCAAAGAGACGACGAAAGAUGCUAAUGGACCAGUUACUAGCACACGAAUCUGAAGAGAAGGCUUACCGGGAGGAGCAGCUUAUUUACAGACUAAUGAAACAAUCUCAGCACGAGCGGAGGAUUGCUACUCAACUCAUGCACGUUCGACAUGAAAAAGAGGUGUUAAGGCAAAACAGGAUCUUUAGGGAAAAACAAUAUGAAGAAAGACGGCAAAAAGAGUUCCAGGAAGCACUUGACAGAGAAGCGGCUCUUGCAAGACAAGAAAAUAUUGAUAAUGAAGAACAAAUAAUUAAAGAGAGAGAACAGCAUGAGAAACUUGCUGCUGAAAGAGCUCAGGCCCGCUAUGAAAAACAUUAUUCUGUGUGCUGGGAAGUGAUGGGCCAGAUCAUUGAUAUGUCAACAAAAAUAGGAGAAUAUCGUGAACUGACAAAGAACCGAGUUCCAUUAAAACUGAUGCUGGAUUGGAAGGAAUUUUUUUUAAAUGGAAAACCAAUAUAUGAACAAGCCUCAAUUCAACCUUUGCCAAAUGAACCUGGACCGGAACAACUUGUAGAGAUGAAUAAAAUGAGUCUGUUAGCUGAAAAAGAUUAUGGUGAAUACAAGAGUAUGACAGGGGAAUGGAGCCCAACUGAAGAGAACAGUGAAAACAAACCUCCUCUUAAUAAUAACAUAUUGGGUCAUAUUCUUCGUAGACUGAUGGAGUUGUUCUAUCCUCCACAACCCAAAUCUUCACCACGUGUACCUACUUCAUUUCCUGUCACAGGAUGUAUUUUGGGAAAAGUUUUUAGUGGAAAAACUACCUGUGCAAAGUUUAUUGAAAAAGUUUGCAAUAUUCAGGUACUAUCUGUUGAUACUCUGGUUCAGGAGGCCAUCCAGUCUUUUCUUAAAAAUGAAAUGAAAAGUGACUGUGAUAGGAUUCCACAUGAAGAGAGUUCUGGGGAACAAAGUAAGCUGUCUGUGCGUGCCCAGCUUGGCGCUGCAUCGCAGAAAAGGUUGAAGAAAGGGAAAAGUAUUCCCGAUGAAGUACUAAUUGACCUCCUGUUGGAAGCCAUUAACCAAAUACCAGCAGAGAAGGGGUGGAUUGUGGAAGGGUUUCCAAUGACAAUUAAUCAGGCAAAGCUAUUUGACAAAGCCUAUACAGGGAAUGAUCCAGAAGAAAAAGAUGUGAUUUCUGGAAAGCUCUCACUUGCCAUAGAUCCCAGAGCCCCUAACAAGCCUCCUGUUAUCUCACCUGCGUUUGAUGUUUCUGUAUUAUUGGAUAUUUCAGACACUGUGGUAUUGCAACGUGCAGCUAACAUGAAGUUAAAUAAAUCAAAGUCAUCUCAAAUUGAACAGGAAAACAGCCAUCAAAAUUCAGAUCCUGAAAUCCUAGAAGAGAAGAUUGACUUGGGCAAGGACCAGGUCCUACAUAGAAUUUCAGGCUUUCUAGACACAUGGCCAAAAUUAGAGAAAUGGUUUUCAGCCCAUCAAAAUAUUCUAGUGAGUGUGAAUGCAGAGAGAGAAGAAAGUUAUGUGUGUGAAACAGUGAAGGAAAUUAUAAUACAAGAAAUUGUGAAAAAACAGAAUAGAAGGUCUACUGAAGAAAUAGCACCAGCAGAAGAAAAGCCUUUACCAGUUACAGAAGUAAAGCCAUUACCAGAUACAGAAGAAACGCCUUUACCAGUUACAGAUCAAGAUCUGCUUCCUCCCUCUUCUGAGACACCACCACCACCAAUAGAACCAGGAUCAGAUGAAUACAUUUAUGUAGAUGAACCACUUCCCCAGGAGAUAAUUGAUUUUUUAGUACCUUACUGGGAAAUGAUAGAAAAUUCAUAUAUAAAUACCAUCAAAGCUGUACUUAGAUGCCUAAGGGAUGAACAAUAUGCAAUGAUUCAUUACCUAGCAGAUAUUAGAAAAAAUUUCCAAGAUUUUCUGAAACGUCCAGAUCUUAAGCAGGAGUUUGUAUCUCAGUGGCAAGCAGAUUUUAAUUCUAUUUCUGAUGACCUUCGAGAUGAUGAGGAAACAAAAGCUGAACUACACCAAAGAGUUACUGAUCUAAGAGAUCUUCUCUGGGAUAUCUGUGACAGCAGAAGGAAGGACGCAGAGCAGGAACGUAUUGAUAUCAUGAAUAAAGUCUGGUUACCAGAUCAUAGGGGGAUUGCAAUGAACCAUUUCUUUUCACUUAUGCAGGUUGAAGUGGAUCGUUUCCAAGAUACAAAGAGAAUUCUUCAUGACUACUAUAGGUCAAUGGAAGGAAAAAUCCCAACAGAAGACAGUAAAGAUUUUACUAGAAUCCCAUUGUUAGAUAUUUUUGAUGUAGAGAAGAAGGAAGAUGUAGGGAAGGAAGAUGAAGGGCAGAAGGAAGAUGUAGAGCAGAAGGAAGAUGUAGAGCAGAAGGAAGAUGUAGAGCAGAAGGAAGGUGAAGAGCAGAAGGAAGAUAUAGAGCAGAAGGAAGAUGAAGACAAAUCAAGAAGGAUUCCUCUUGUUUCUUGGAAACCACUUUCACCAGAAAUUAAUACCAAGACAGAAAACAAUGGAACUCUGCAGGCAACUUCUAACGUUGAGAAUUCUGAAAAUGGAGUGGCUGUUUGCAUGAAUGAUGAAAGGCUUAUUAUUUAUACGUGGCAAAAAGCAGUAACAGCAGUAUCAAAUAUGGUAACAGCUGAAAUAGAGUUUAAAGAAAUGGAGGAAGAAGAAGAACGUCAGCAGCAAAAACUGAAAGAAGAUCCGAAACGCUCAGGCAAAGCUGCUGGGAAAGAUGCCAGAAAGCCUUCUGCCAAAUCAGUUACUAAAAAGAAAGGAUCACGGAAGAAAGUCAGUAUAAUUCCUAUAGACCCCGAAGUAUUAAAGAAACAAGAACUGGCACUUAAAAUAAAACAAGAACAUCUAUGUGCCUUGAAACAUGAGGAGGCAGCCACAAAAUCUCGACUAGACCUUAUAAAAGAAAAGGCUUUAGCAUUUGUUGGAGACCUAAAAAUGAAAGCAGAAGAGGCUUACAGAGAUAUGGAAAAGUGGCUUGGAUCUACCUUCCUGGCAGAAAUGGCCAGUGUUGAAAAGCUGGUUGAGGCUGCACGAUAUCAUGUUGAGAGUUCUAACAAAAUCCAAUAUGAAAUGACUUUAGAAGAAACAGAUUUCUUCAUCAAUGGUGAUGUAAAAAUGUUUCCUGACCCUGUUCCUGACCACACAAGUCCUGUUCCCGUACCACAAAUUCCGCGCGUAAAAACCUCUGGAAGUACUCUAACUAUUUCACAACUCACUAAGCUUCAUAAGCAGUUUCUACAGGUGGCACCUAAAGCCAUAAGAGCAAUGAAGCAAUUUAAAAGCAAGAGUAAUUCUUCUAGCAAGAGAGAAGCUGGUGACGGAGGGAAAGAGAAGAAAGAUUUGGAACAUCAGAAAGGAAAGAGGAAUCGCCAAUUUCCAAAAAUAUGGCUAACAAAAUACUCCUGGUUAAAAUAUGAUGAUGAAAGGGGAAUAAUGUUUUGUGUACCAUGUCGUAAACAUAAUGUGGAUUUGGGGGAAAACAUUCAUAAUUUUUGUUCUGGCACUGAUGAUUUCAAACUUGAAUUUAUAAACACGCACCAGAAUAGCGAAGCUCAUGCCUGGGCUACCUGCAUGGAAGCGGCCAGUACUGCUUCACCAGACACAGCUUCUGCUGAGCAGAUGUUGAAGAGCAUGAACUCCUUAACAUUAGGGACAGUAGAAAAUAUUUUUAGAACAUACCAUGCUAUGGCUAAAUCUGGUUCUCCCCUUGUAGAUCUUGAUGAAAUUUAUAAACCAGAUAAGUUUUAACAUGACCUUUCUCAGUUUUUCUCGGACUUACCCUUCUGAAGACUACUGCAGAGGCAGAACAGAUCCAUUGCUGAUUAUUAAUUGCACAUAAAAAAUCAGUCCUCCCAUAACAAGUACUCUUACAGCCAGGAUAUGACCAAUAUACUUCACAGCUUGAACCACUUUUCUUUCUCCCCUGUAAAAAUAUUUUUGAAAGUUGUAAUAAGAAUGCUGUAUCUUGGUUUUUUAUCUUGGAGCUGAGAAUAAGUAUAGUUCAGUGAAGUAUCUGAUUUCAUAUUUUCAUAAAUCUACAUAUUCUAAAUGCAACUUUCUACUUGAUAAUUUCCAAUCAAGGUAAGGCAUACCAGCAGAAUAUAUUUUUACCAUCAAAGAAAUAGCAAUGAUUCGUAUCAAAAGAUAGCUAAAAUUAAAUCAUUAAUGACCCCUCUUAGUUCUUCCAACAGUAAUGAAGAUGUACUAGAGAUAAUUUGGGAGAAAUGAAUGUGAGGUCAUUCACCUUUAAAUCAACCCGUUUUCUGAAUCUGAAGAUCAACUCUUUCACAGUGAAAUGUGUGUAGUAAUAGCUGAAGAUGCACAAUACGAUUCCAUAUCAUACUGUAUCAUGUAACUCUACACUGUACUGUGUUAUGCUACACUACACACAUGCAUAUAUAUACACACACAUAUCUAUAGUCUCUUUUUUGGUGUUUUGCAUGUAUCUAGGUCUAAAUAGUGUGUCAGAAAUGGAGUAGGUUUUGAAUGAAUGCCUCGUGAAGGGAUUUUAGCCAAUUCAAGAAGAGUUAAUCUGUAGGGAUCAGAAAAAGGAUCAGUACUGUGCACUAUACAGUGGAUUAUAGAACAUCUAUCAUUGAAAUAUGUUAAACUGUGAUUUCUCAGACCAAAAAAAAAAAAAUAAAUAAAAAGUUUAGAUAUAUUUUACCUUAGAAGAAAUAGGGUAUAUAUUAUACAAGGUACCUUACUAGAUAUGUAGCAUUGUUGAUGCUAAGGGUUUUCUCUUAAAUCACAUAAUCCAGAGAGAAUUGUUUCCCCUCAAAGUUUUGAAAUGGAAAGUUUUUAACUAUGUUGAGAUUAGAAAAAUGUGUUGAAAAUGUGUUCCCAGAAUGUCCAACAGCUGAAAACCAAAAAAAAGAAAUAAAAGCUGAAAGUAUAUUUAGCAUCUAUAAUGCUGAAGUCACUUUGGUGAUACAGGGGGGCAUGUUUUCUCAUAAUCUUCCUUUCAUCCAUGUGAUGAUUCUUGCUGUUUUCUUCUGGGCAGUCUUUAGUUUAUGUACAUCCUUCUAGAUCUGCAAAUUCCAAAAUUACAUGCUAGCAGAAGCUUUAACAUCUGGGAGAAAAAAAAAAAAAAAAAAAAAAAAAAAGAAAAAAAAGGAUUAUUUCCAAUGUCUUCUUGUGUACUUUCUGGUAAUAUUGUGAUCUGCCAUAUUCCCUAGAGACUUUUCUGUACAAAUUUUGCUUUAUCAGUAAGAUUCCCAUUGUGACAUUUAUGCAGUUCAUUAUUUCAGCCCAGUGGGACACUUGACAUUUAUCCUUAUUGGAUAUUGUCCUUUUAUUCUAGACUGUAUCUCCAAUUUGUAAAGCUCACUUUGAAUUCUAAUCCUAUUCUCUAAUAUGCUUAAAAUUCCUUCCUGAAUUGUUUUAUCUGUAGUAUAAUAAAUGGAUCAAUUUGUCAGUCUGUCUCCUCAGAGUACUUUGAUCUGUUUCUGGUGAAAGUUACUUGCUGAUCUUGAUCAUCUGUCGAGUUUUUCGAAAUCUUCAUGAAUACCAAUUCUUUUUCCAAAGUACUUUCUGCCUCUUCUAAUUAAAAAUGUUUCCAGACAUUUAAUAAUUUAAUUUUCUGUUCAGUCUCCUACAUUAUUCAACUAAAACUUACUGGGUUUAGUUUCUUUUAUUUUGGACUUAGCAAAAAGAUUUUAUGAAGAGCAUACCUGUUUUGAAACGAGUCCUGUUAGGUGGACAAAGGCAAUUCUGGGAAUUGUUUUCCUUGUUCUUUCCUAGAAGACAUUAUUUACUUUUACCACUUGCAGACACUGGUAUUCUUUUCUCGGUACCAUCUGUGUAGCUGCCCACUCUCAGCAUCUCUCUGUGAUUAUAAAGCAUUAGCAGCUCUUGAACUAAAAUGGUGAAUCACCUUUCAUCUCGGAUUAUAAUCAGAUAUUCAAAAAUGAUUCCGUGCUCUGUAAUAUAUACCCAAGUACAUUAAAUCCAGACAAAAUACCUGAAAACACAGUGAGGAAAGUAUUUCUUAUCUUUUUUUUUUACAUGUCUAUGAGGGAUUUCCUCUCUCUCUCUGAGACUUCCUCAUCAUUCCUCCUACGUGUGUCAGUAGGAGGAAUUAAAUCACAGUCCAUUUGAAAUUUUUGAACUAUUAGAACUUUGGAAUUAUCCCACAUCAGAUGUUUCAGGAGGAGGUAAUAAAGUAAAAGGAAUUGCCCAACAGCUUAUCAGCAAUUCUGUAAUUAAUAGAUAGAAAAUUGCUUAACUCUGAGUGAAAGAGGAUAUGUUUCUUCACAUUUACCACACAGGAAAAAAAGUGGGUAGAUCACCUGGCAGAGCUUAAAUAUCUCAGAGUAAUUCAUGUUUGCUAUAAUAUUUACCUGAAAACUGCAUUCUAGCAUUUGCUAUAAUCCAGUCCAAGUUCUAUGACUGUAACAUUUUAGAUUGCAAUCCCAUUUCAGACAUUAGUUUUGAUGCAAGUUCUUAAAAUUCCUUGCCCCUCAAAUACUUUUUACAUAUGUUUCUAAAGUCAUGUAGCCUCAUAAAAAAAUCAGAUGAGAAUCUUAGUAUCCUUUUAGAAUUUUAUGCAGAAAAACCAAAUUAAAUUUCAUUUCAGGAAGCCAUAAACUCAUAGGAAAUACAGGAGCUACAUUCUUUAUUGCCAUACAUGGAAAUCGUAUUAGGAGUUGAACUGUUCUGAACAUAAGAUAACAUGAGAAAAAUUAGAUUGCCAGUGAUCAGAUGUGGAAAGGCAAAUUUCAGCAAAAAAUGCAAUAAAAAUUAUUGUAGCUGGUCUCUUCAUGGUAAAGCACUGGGAAAAAAAUAAGACUGAAAGAAGAUGUAAAACUUUUUCCUGUUCUUUUUUAUAUGAAGUGUACACCAGCUCCAUCAUGGGCCAUAGACUAUUCUCCCCAAGAACCACUAAAAUGUUACCUGGUUUAUUGAAUUACCUGUGAAGUCACCCAGUAAUGAUGCUUCUGUUAUGCAGGCUUUAUUGUACCAUAUGGAAGUGAUCUGAUUCUUGUAGCAUGAAGUUUUUAUCAGAAAAUAAAUUUGUGGUUACCUUAAAAUUAUUAUAUCAGCAAGCCAGAGUGCUUCAGUAAACAGCAAAUGGUUUAUCACAUGGUUUUUUAGAAGGUAUUCUUUCUCAAUGUGAUAACUCAAGAACUUUCACAAGGUGACAUCAGAGCACUGUUACCACUCUACCAGUACUUUUUCCCCAGCUCUUGCUUUCAUGUUGAAAUUUAUGGUAGGAAAGUCCUUCCUUCUUCCUGUCCCAACAGAAUUUAGGCUUCACAAAUCUGGUUGUUUCCUCUUCUCUCCAAGCUUAUAUAUGUGUAGGAUUCCUCUGCUGUACUAAGAUGCACUGAGGGCAUUAGUCCUAUGUUUCCUGCUUGGAGGUAAACAGAGACUGUAGACUAUUAAUUCAAAUUGGCUACUGGAUUUUUAAUACUGACAUGAAAUUAAUAUUCAAACACAUUCUUAAUUUUUCUACCACUUACAUCUUUUUUCAUAAAGUUACAUUUCACUCCACUGUUUCUCUUCCAACGAAAAUAUUUCUUAGCCUUAAAAUGUGCACAGCUGUGCUUUUUCAAAACAACACGAAUUUCAACUGGAAAAAGAAAAAAAAAAGUAAGUCUUACCAGUAUUUCACUGAUUGUAUACACUUUUAAAGUUAAUCUUAAGACUUCCAGUUUUGAUGCUCUGAAAGUGAUCAUAACCUGACCAAAUCAGGUUUGUCUCUCAAAAUUUAAAUAAUUUGAAACUUAUUUUACAGGUUUUUUUGUUAAUGCAGAGGUUUUGCAGUGCAUCCUCACUGAGCUAGCCCAGUCUGUUUCUGGAAGAAAAGACUCUUAUCUGUCUAUUAAAUUUAACAUACAUAAUAUUGCAUUUUAAUACUGUGUAUGACGUUUGAAGUUUGCUUGCUCAUAAGCAAAUCCAUGCCUAUUUAAAAAACAAAUAAGACUUACUGUACUUACCUGUCUAAUGAUUUCUGUAAAAUAAAAUUAAUGGAGCUAUUUUUAACUCCCACAACUCAGUUCUGAAAAGCUUUUUAAACAGAUCAGUUUUGUUUCAAAUUUCAACAGACAAUGGUCUGUGUUUCUUAUCCUGUUCUCUAACUUAUGCUUGCUUUAAAGUGUGGAGAUAGACUUAUGAUUGAUUAAAAUAGAGCACAGAGGGGGAAAAGGUUGGUAGGUAUUCAGUACACAAAAUCGUGUGAUUGGUACUUUUGAAUUGCUCAUUAACUGUCAGUGUAGACUGUGUGAGGAUAGAUUAGUGAUCAUAAUGGAGAUCAGAACAAGUAUCAAAAGAAAUGCAGUGCAUUAGAAUAUUUGAUAUUUUACUGUUAGAUAGGCCACACAUGAUUUAUUUUAAAUGAGGAAAUCUUAUGUUUGGAUUUGAAAAUAUUAACAUUAUCAGUUGUGCAUAACAGUAAAACAAAUAAGUUUCCCACAUUGCUAUUAAAAUUAAAAACCAGAUUUCUUUUAACAGAAGAAUUCUAUUUAAAAUGCUAAAUAUAUUUUUUUGAUAUUGACUUUUCUAUUAGGUUUUAUACGAAAGAAAGUAUUUAUUGACAGUUUUAGUCGCUUGAUUAAUUUGAAUCGUGGCGAAAAUUACCUUCCUGAUCGAUGGAUGAACUUAAAACUUCCAGAUGUAAGUUAACCCCUGUU